AUGGACCAGGCCCAGCUGUAUGCAGCGCAGAAGCCACGCCAAAUGUCCCAUGUCACAUCAGUGUCAUCACAUUACGGCGGCAGUCCUUACGAAAGCCCCAGACAAGGCAUCUACCAGCAACAGCAAGCGCAACAGUCUCGCAAGCGCAGUUUUCAGGACGACUAUGCCUAUGACUAUCAAGGCUUGCAGCAGUUACAAGCCCACGCAACCAACAGUGGAACCCAAGUCCCAGUCGAACUCACUCCUGAUGGACAUCAUGCCCAGCUCCAGCCUGGAUCGAUCACAUACCAAUAUCCGUCACAACGACCCUCGCCGCAGCAUUCCCACUCCGGACAGUCGUUGCAAUCACAAUCGCUACCGCCCCAGCAUCAGCAACAGUCGCAGCAGACACAGCACCACCACCACAGGCUACCCAAUCAACAGCCUCCGAGCAAGAUGCCCAGAUUCAGCGCAUACGAUGCAUUGUCGCCUGAAGAUGACGAUCACGGACCGCCUAGUGUCGUUGGGCAACCAGGAAUGCCAAUCCCUGCCCCAAGACCGAAAGGUCCGAAACUCAAGUUCACACCAGAAGACGACGCACUCUUGGUGGAGCUUAAAGAGGCCAAAAACCUUACCUGGAAGCAAAUCGCGGACUUCUUCCCAGGUCGAUCGUCGGGCACACUGCAGGUUCGGUACUGCACCAAACUCAAGGCAAAGACGACAGUUUGGACAGACGAAAUGGUGGAAAGACUCCAGACAGCAAUACAAGAAUACGACAACGACAGAUGGCGCAUCAUCUCAGGCAAAGUCGGCAACGGAUUCUCCGCAGCAGCUUGCAAGGAGAAAGCACUCGAGAUGCAGCUCGAAGAUGACGAGGCUCACGAAACAGCGGAACACGAUGCUCAUCAGCAGCAGCAGCAGCAAUUGUUACAAUUACAUGAGACUACGGCAGCGAUACACCAGCAGGAAGCGAAAGUAUCAAUGGUUGGCUUGCUAUGA